AUCGUUGUUUCAAAAAUAUUUCAAUUUGUAAACAAAUUUACAAAUUAUAUUAAUAUAACUAUUGUAAUAUAAAUUUGUAAUAUAUAAAAUAAAUUUUAUGAUUCGAUAAAAAAAUUCUGUAAAAUAUUUCUACUGUUUUUAUAUUUUUAUAGUUAUAAAUUAAAAAAACAAACUUGAAAAAAACGUUAAAGGAUCAAUAAUAAUAAAAAUAAUAAAAAUACAUUACAAUGGAAAAAUUAAAGUGGACAACGCCAAUUAAAAAUGGGAACGAAUGCGAAAAUUUAACAAUUAAAAGCCCUGUUAUAUAUAAGACUCCUGUAAAACAAUAUGAAACAAAUUCAAAGCGUACAACAUAUCAAAGUAAUAUUAGUUCCUUUAGUGUUCUUCCAAAUCAUAUUACACCUCCCUCAGGUUUAACAAAGUUUAUGGCAAGGAAUCCGUUUGAGACUGAUUUAACUAAUAGAUUACAUUUAUCUGUGAUUAGUCCAACUGUAUUUAGUAAGGUUUCAAGUCCAUCUCAACAAUCUUCAAACUUUGAAUGGAGUGUAGAUGAGCUAGCUUUAAUACAACCAGCAAAAAUAGAAGAGUUUCCCAUACAACAGAUACAUUGUAUUGACACAGAGACUGAAAUAAAAGCUCAAGCAGCUAUUGAUCAAUUUUUUAAUGAAAAUGAAAUAAUUCCAAGUCCAUGGGAAACAAAGAGAAAAGAAAUUAGAACAAAAAUUGAAGUGAAUACUCCUGUAAGGUCUUCCACUGAUUUGAAUUUGAAUUUGGAUUCUUCUAACUCAAAAAAAGAUGGUUGGAGUCAAACAAUGUUAACAUUUGCACCUGAAUUGCCAUCUCAUGUCAUGGAAAUUUUAAAACCUUAUUUUACAUUUGUUCAAAAUCAAAACAUUGAAAGUGAUGAUGCAAAUUCAAGUAAUAAUUCUUUAAGACGAAAGUUGUUCUUCAAUCAUGAAGAUUGUGUAGAUAAUGAUGAAUCUUCUAUCUGUAUAUCACCAGUAAAAAUGAACGGAUCUUUAGUGUUAUCUUCCAGUCCUCCACAAAGUGGAAUGUUAAUUCAUGGUGCUCCUUUGAAAUAUUUAUCAAACGAAGAUUGUCAUUAUGAUACAUCACAAAUUAAUACAGAAAAUUUAUCUCCUCCUAAUGUAUCUCCUAUACACAAUGCAAUCCACAUGUCAUGCGAAAGUGUAAGAUCUCAUUCAACUACUCAAUUAAACUUUACUAUGAAUAUGAGUAUAGAUCAACCUAAUAAUCAACAUAAAGAAUUAUUAGAUUAUUCUUUAGAUAAGUCCAUUAAUAAGAAAAAUGUAGAAACAAAAGUCGAGUUUUUAAAUGUACAUAAUAAUUCCAUAUGUGAUACUCGCAUAGAAAAAAAAGUCCUAGCAAAAAAUUCAAUCUAUGUUGAGCACAAUUGUGAUAAUAAAAGUUCAGAAUUCAAUUUUAAAUAUCAAAAUACUGACAAUACGCUUAAAUACGUGACUGAUUCGUGCAAAAUGAAUACGAAUGACAGUAUUUUUCAGCAAACAAAUGCGAUGUUAGCUACUUCUAAUCAGCAAAGUGUUUCAAACUCUGCACAAGACACAGGUUAUCAAACUUAUAGUAUGAAUAAUACAACAAAUGUUACUGAUAGUUAUAAUAUUACUCCAGUUAAGCAAAAGCUUUAUUGGGGUGAUCAAAUUUUAAUAACUGAUGAUGAAUUUCCCCUAUCUGAUUGGAAAGAGAAUAUGAAGAAUAUUUUUAGUUCUACUCCGUCACGAACGAAUAGGGAAAAGGAUAAUCAUGUAUUUUAGAUAAUUUUUUUAAGAAAUUAUAUAUAAUCUAUUUAAUUUUGAACAUAAAAUUAUAACAAAUAAUUGCUUGGAAAGCUUAGAAAUAAUUUAAAUAUAUAUUAUUAGAGAUAUAUAUAUUAUAUAAUUAAAAAUAUUAUUUGUAUUUUUUAUAUUUAUGUUCUUAUUUUAUCACGAUGUUUUGUUUCUUAGUUAAAUUUAUAACAUAUAGAUUUUAAUAUAUAAUGAAUGAUAUAAUUUUCAGUUUUUCAUUGCUUUAUAUAAUCUAAAAUAGAUUUUUUAUAAUAUUCGAUAUAAAUAUUAUAAAUAAAUAUAUAAAUACAUUAAUAUUGAAUAAAAUUAUAAUAAUAGUAUAUUAGGUUUCAAUUCAAAUUAAAUAUAUCAAAAUUUAAACAUAUUUUUUAAAAAUAUUUUUGAAAUAUGAAUUUCUAUAUAUAAUGUAUCUCAUAUUAUUCAUAUAUUUCUCAUGUAAUUACGAAUUAAAUUACGAAUUAAUAUUCGUAUUAAAAUGUAUAACAAUUGAUUAAAAUCAAGAAAGAUAACUGAAAAGUAUAUAUAUUUUACAAAAAAUAUCAAUCUGAUGUAAAAUAUUUAUUAAUUAUUAAUUAUUGAUUAUAAUAUUUCUAAUGAUCAUAUAAUCAUGAUUAUCAUAAAAACUAAAUACACAUAUAUAAAAAUAUAUAGAAAGUUAUGGAAAAUUAGAAAUUUUUCAAUUCAAUUGUUUUUGCAAUUUUUUAAUUGAAACUAUGUAAUUAUUUAGGUUAAUUUUAUCAACUAUAUUUUAAGUGAAUUUAAAUUAUAUUUAAUUAAUUUUUGAUUCUAUCUUUUUUUAUAAAAAAUAUCAAGAACAAUUUUUUGUCAAGAUGAAUGCAAAUCUCCAAGCUUGUGAGUCCGAUAAAAUUGAAAAAUUAUAUAUUCUAGAAAUUUUUAUUGACUCGGUUACUAUUUAUGCCGAAAAAUUGCAAAAAAUUCUCCCUAACGAAUUAGGUGUUGAUUUACAAUUUAUCGAUAUGCCAUUGUUUCGAAUUUUUCAAAGUUAUUUUUUAUUAACCAAGCCAGAUAGAUCAAAAGAGAUAACUCGCGGACCAGGAACUUUUACUAUAAAUUUUAAUGCUGGUAAAGCAUAUCUGUUCACUAGAAAUCCCGGCGAACUUGUAACACAAAUGCGAUCUAAACCCAUAUUAUUAGACGUAUAUAAAAUUAAAGAAAUCGUUAUUUGUCCCGAGGAAGUAAAAAAACAUCCAUUAGGACAUUCAGUAAUUCCGAUACCAGGUUGCUUAUGUGAUCACACAAUGAUGGCAAGCAAUGAUAUAUAUCAUUUACCAAAAUCAUAUGAAAUAAAAAAUAUUUUUGUUCUUAUGGACGAGGAAUAUAAGCCAUCUGGUUAUAUAAAUAUUUUCUUGAGAUUGACUUGUUUUGGAACGUAUACAAUCAAUCCCUUCGUAAUCGUAGGAAAAAGAUUAUUAUAUAGAAAUAUUGGUUCAUUUAACGAAUUUUUGUGCACUAAAGUAAUGUAUCCAGACGAAGAAGAAAGAAGAGCUGCAGAAGCUGGUGCAAAAUUCUGCAUGCCUGAAAAAAUAUUUGAAGAAAGUGAACUAGAUACUCCUCCUAGAGCAAUAAAUAUAGCUAGUUUGAUAUUAGUUUCUAAAGAAUUAUCUGAAAGAGACGGAUAUCCUCCAAAUGUAAUUUCUCCAAAUUAUCCGCCAAAAAUUCCAGAAAUAAGUAUCGAAGAAAUUAAAUUUGAUAUUAAUAGAACACGACGAAAAGGAUUUAAAAUGAUAGUUCAAGAAGAAAUUAAUGGUAUUACUCCAAGAUAUAAAACAUGCAUUAAUAUUGGAUGCCCUGGUAAUAUUUGUACGGGACAAAAAUAGCAAUAAAGUUAAUAUUAAAUAAAAAUAAAAGACGAUCAUCAAAUUAAAUAGAAUUAAAAAUUAUUUUCAUAAAUAAAAAUGUUAAAAAAGAAAUAAAUAUUGUAAAAGGAUAAAUUAAAAAAUAUAAAAAAAAUAAACCAUUAAUUUUUAAAUUAUUCUUUAAGAAUGUGUGUAACAUUUAUAUACUUGAGACAAGUUUUUAAGAAAAUAAAAUAAAACGUGUAAAAGUAAAUUGUGAUAUAUAAAUCAUUGUAUAAAAUUUGUAAUGUCGGCCGUAAUAAAUCGUAGAGGGCGUAAAAAGCAUUAUGAUUGCUUUUUUUGAGAGGUCGGUAUUUCAGAACACGUGAUAUAAAGUUUGAUAAAAUAUCAUAUCCGAUUUAUAAAUCUGAUCUCAAAAAUUCUUAUAUCGCGAAAAAAUAUCAUAUCUAUACUUUGUCCAUAAUUCAGAUUUAUUGAAUAUUAAAUAAUUAAAAGGAUUUUAAAUGUAAAGGAUACAUUAGAUAUAACUGUUGAUUAUUUUCGAAGCAAUCUUUAAUAUAGCAACAUAGUCAGUCUUACAGUAAUAAGCCAAAAAUACAAUCUAUAUAUCGAGCUUUCGGAGUAUGGGCGAAAAUGAUUUAUGUUUUCCUUCAUAACUAAAUCGUAGGACCAAAAAAAGAUUAAUGAUCGCAUUUCGUGGAAGAGAAGGAAAACAUAUGCUCCUUUCGCCCAAACUCCUGAGACGAAUUUUACAAUUUUACACAUAAUUAUAUUGUGUAUCACGCUGCAAAACUGUAGGUCCUAUUCUUCCACGAUCUAAAUCUCGUUUUGAACGAAAGAAUUUCAAGAAUGUAUAUACGUAAAUUGCAUUUUCUUCAUCACGGCAACGGAAUGAUAUUUUAUGGUCCUAUUUUCGGUGAAUCUUUCGAUGAAUCAUAAUUGAUAAAUUAUAAACUAACAACGAGCGCAGAAAUGUGUCACUAUGGCAUAUAUCAUUUUAUCAACAACUGCAAUAUUUAUAAUAGUGCUUAUGCUAGAAAAUGCAACUCAAAAUACUUAAAAAAAUACAAUUUUUAAAAUAUUUCAAUUUUCAAAGUCAAUCCAAGUGAACAAGUAUUUAAAAUUGUUAAUAUGUAACAGACUAAGAAUUGUUAAAGUUUAAUCUAAAUUUUUAUCCAAACUUUUAUCUGUUAAUUUCAAAAUUUUACUUUUUAUCUUAUUACAAUAUUAAAUUAUAGUUGAAUUUGCGAAAUCAUUUUAAUUAAAAUUAAUUUAAACAUAAUAUAAACUACUUUCUACUUACGGUUAAUAAAUAUAUCUUAGAAAACAUAUCUAUAUAUUAGUCUCUUUCGAUAUAUAAAUUUUAAUAGAAUCUGAAUUUAAAUGAUAGAAAAAAAGAAAACCGCGCCUUUCUGAUUCUCUUCGAGUUGCGUUUUCCAGACAUUAUUGUACAAAUUAGAAAAAAAUGUAUAAAUGUGAAAAAAAAUUUAUAAGCCAAUUUAUAAAUGUUACAUCAAAAAGAAAAUAUUUCGAAUUUAAUAUUUAAAAAAACUUAUUAUAAGAUGAGGAUUUGUUUUGAGCUGCACACAUUUCUGAGCUAAAUGUGUUACAAGUCUCAUCACAAGUGAAUCGAUUGAUCUCUGUGAUUCGACUCAAUCUAGUUUCAAAAGCAUCUUAAUUAAAUUAAGCAUUGAAACAUUGUCAUAACGAGUUUCAAUCAUUUAAAUUUCAGUGUACAAGAAUGAAUCGUAAAUGUUUACAGUGAGUUUAGAAUAUAUCAAACAGUGCAAAAUAACAUUGGUUUUAAAUAAGAUUAAAAAGCGUAGAUCCGAAGAAAAGUUUGUAAUUAAGGCCCGACUUUUAAUGUCAUUUUGUCAUCAAUUUAUUGAAUUAUUUGAUUAUAUAUUACUAUAUCAAUGAUAUAAUUUGACUUAUUAUCAAUCAAAUAAUAUUUGACUCCUAUCAAUCAAAUGAUAUUUUUUUUCGCCAAUUAUAUUUUUAUUUCAUUCAUAAACAUGAUUAGUUUAAAACAACUUGUUAAAGUUCUGACUACAGUUUAUUUUCUAGGAAAAUAAAAUAAUUUAUCUUAAUUUUAAUAAUAUAAUAAUGGAGAACAUGCAUUUUGUUUAUUCAUUGUUAUAUCAAUUGUUAUAUUAAUUGUUAUAUUAUUCAUAAUAAAAAAAAAAUUUAAAGAACUUCGAAUUUGGAUAAGAUUUAAAAAGUUUUUAAAAUAAUAUUUUUUUCGAAAUUUUUCUUCAAGCCUAUCGGACAUUAAUUACAAAUUAUUUUAGGACACCGAUACAAUUUCGGACCUAAAUUAUUACCAGGAUAGGGAAAACGAUAGAUACAAAUAUAUAGAUAUAUUAUAAUAGUUAUUUGAAGAAACAUUUAAAGCCUUACAUAAAAUAUACAGUAUGAUGUGUAUCGGCACGUAUGUAUGAUAAAAUUAUGUGAUAUCUAUGUGUGUGUAUGUGAUUGUAUACCUUUCAUUUCUCUCGUACAGAUAAUAAUCGUGUCACACGUUGAACUUAACCAGCAUGUCUAUAUAUAUAUAUAUUUAUAAUUAUUAUACGUGUUCAAAAGAUGUUUCAAAAUAUGCAAUCAUAUUCUUUAACGAUCUUUUUUCUUCUUUUUCUUUCUCCCUUUUUAUUUCUUUUUUUAUUUUUUAGUUCUCGUUAAUACAAAGAGAAUAAUAAUACAUAUUCUCAAGAUUGAAAUACAUUAUUCGGUGUACUCUUGGACUGAGACUUGAUACGGCAGUAGUAAUAGUAAUAGUAGUAAUAGUAGGAGAAGGAAUAAUAGCAGUAAUAGUACCAGUAGCAGUAAUAGUAAUAGUAGUAGUAAUAGUAAUAAUAAUUUUAAUAAGAACAAAAAUAAGUGUAAGUGUAAGAAUAAAAAUAAUAAUAAGAGUACAAGUGAGAGUAAAUAUGAGAAUAAGAGUAAAAGACUAAAAA